AUGGCCGUGGAGAAAAGGGAAGAACAGACCAACCCAAAUGGUGAAUCUUCUGAGGACACUGUCGCAGAGGUACAGGAAACUACUGAUGAACAAAAUGACCUGAAAGCAGAAGUCCAUGAGGCUUCAACAGAUCGUCCGGUACAAACCAACGAAGGAGAUGACCCCACAGCCGAUGAGAAGGAACCCCCAGAACCCCGUACAAAGAAAGACCUCAUACCGGACCUUGAAAUAUUCAAAGACUUGGACGAACGUGCAGUCCAGACUCCCGAAGGCCAUGGUACCAUCAAGGACCUCGUUCUCUACCUAAUCGAGACUGCCACAACUCCGCUGGAAAAAGCGCGGAUCCUGUUCCGCUGGGUCGCUACACACAUCCAGUAUGACGUAGUGUCCUACGUCACCGGUGGUCCCAAAGAAGUCACACCAGAAGGCGUGUUCAGGAAGAGGAUGUCGGUAUGUCAGGGCUACGCGGAUCUGUACAAGGACAUGUGCAGCCUGGCUGAAGUAGAGUGCGUCACCAUCAGUGGCCGUUCCAAAGGUGCAGGUUACAGGGUGGGUGAUAAGUUCGGCCCUGGUUCCGACCAUGCGUGGAACGCAGUGGAGAUAGACGGGAGGUGGUACCUGCUGGACUGUACCUGGGCCGCCGGAAACACUGACCUUCAGAAGGGGACCUUUACGUUUGAGUACAAUGAGCACUACUUUUUUACUGACCCGGAAGUGUUCGUUACCGACCACCAUCCAAUGGACAAUCAAUGGCAACUGUUAGAAGAGCCAGUGUCCCUUGAGGUUUUUGAAAACCAAGCGCGUUUUGAGACCUCAUUUUUCAAACUUGGCCUUUUGCCUAAGUUUUUGAGCCACACCAUGAGCCUUGUUUGCACACAAAAUGGCGAAGCGACCAUUUCUAUCUACAUUCCUGAGCCAAUGUCGUUCAUGUACCACCUUUACCCAGCUGAAGGCGGACAUGCUCAGGAUGAAAACGUCUUGCACGAAAUUGUUGACAACAUGGCCCUGUUCAAAGUGGCACCAGCUCAAAAGGGGCAGUUUUUGUUAGAAAUAUAUGGUAAACUUGGUACUGCCAAUGGGCAAUAUAAUCAAAUCUGCUCGUACCUGGUUGACUGUAAUGGUUCAACCACAGAUCAUGUCCCUUUCCCACGCUUACAAACGUUCACGUGGGGUCCAGGUCCAUGGCUCAUUGAUGGAUUCAUUUCUGAUGUCAGUCAUCCGAGGGCCAUAGUUACACUCCCUGAAGGCGAGGCUAAGAUAGAACUCAACUCUGUAAAACCUCUCCAAUAUUUGUGUAACAUUAAGGAAGGUGAUCGUAAAUGUGAUAACUAUGCAUUCUCCCAAGUAAAUGGUCAGACAGCUAGUAUCUUCGUCAGAGCCCCGAGAACGGGCCAGUUCAUUCUCACGAUCUGGGCAAAAGAGGAAAAUGACCAAACGUACAGAAAAUCUGUGUACUAUCUCCUGAGAUGCACUAAAUGUAAAACAACUAUCUCUCCUUACCCGCAAACAUUCGGCAAUUGGACAACCGGUUGCCGUCUGUAUGAACCAUUGGAUGGUCGCCUUCUCGCAAAUCGCCGCGUACACUUUCGGGUCGUACACCCAAAUGCGGUAGAAGUUGUCGUAAUUGCCACCGAGUGGCACAAACUUGCUAGAAACGCAGACGGCUCAUGGGAAGGCGACGCAGACACUGGAGAACAAGGUAAAAUUCUCCAGGUGUCGACAAAGAAGCCGGGUGACACACAGUACUGGACAGUGCUUCAGUAUGAAGUCGUGGCAUAG